AUGGCACGCACCGUUUUCGAGAUUUCAGGCUACAUUUUAUUCAAUUCUCAUUGCUUUUCGUUCGUUUACUUACAGAUACUCCUUUACCCAGAAGAGGGUUGGGCACGUACUGCUUCCUCUAGCUACUGGACUAUUACGCCUUGUUGGUGGCAACCGAAUCGCUGUCGAAUCGAAGAGUUCACGGGCACACAACGACAAACAACCAAAGCGAAAAUGAUGCCACUCGAACAAAAGGGUUCGCUGCUCAUCGCAGGACACUUUCGCAGCAAAAAGACAGCGCCCGGCAAUGCGGUGGGUGCUAGAACUUGCCUUGAUUGUGCCGACGGUAGUGGCGCAGGUGCGGGCAGUCCCAACGAGAAGGAUAUUGACGAAUUCAAACUGUAUCUAACCUCCAAUAUCUCUAUGGAGGACUACAAUAUGGGCUACUGUUUGACAGGAUUCGUGGAGCGCCGCUGCCAGCACACCAACACCUACCAAAUGACCCACUUCGCCGUCAUCAAACGGCAAUGGCCGUCCAUUAGCAGCGCAGAUGCAAAAUCAACGUAAUUAAAUGAAAACUUUUACAUUAUUUAUUUAUUGUACCAAUACGUACGAGUAGAAGUGAGUGCGUGCUUGUAUGUCUAAGCCAAAUAGAAAUAGUUGAGAUUAAGCUAAGUGUUGGAAUAGCUUUAGGAUUACAUACAUAGAUAUUUCCACAGUACGAUUUAUGGCAAAGAGUUAGAUUUAGGCAAAUGCAGUCAACUUUAGGCGCUUAAACGUAAAUAACACUCGACAGCUGUCGAACUAUUUGCAAAGUUUUUCUAUUCUAAUAUGCGGGAUACAGAUACUUAUAUGUAUGUAUAUGUAUCAAAUUGACAUUGGUGCAAAUAUUAAAUUUACCAACGUACAUGCCACACAUCACAGAGGAAUUUUUAGUAAAACCGCUGCCUGACAGAUAUUAUGGGAAAUUCCAAGUAACAUUUAAUGGUGCAAAAAAAAUUGUGCACAGCAUUUGACAGUGUCAUUAACAAUGCACAGAGCUAACGAGAAUUCGCAGCAUGCAAAUAUUAAAUAUCAAAUAAAAUAGUCCAUAUUUUACAAAAAUGAAAAUCAAAUGAAAAAAAUACAAACAGAAAAAUCAAAAAGGCAACAAAUUCAUGUGUCAUGGAUUGUCCACAGGCUAUGAGUUUUCAACAGUGCCUGAUUUGAUUAGUAUUGGAAGUUUCGUAACGUUAAAAAUAUUAAAAACAUUUUCAGCUAUUAAAUUCAUUGAAUUGUCCAAGCUACUCACUGAGAUUCUUUUUUUAUUUCAUAUCGAAGCACUGAACUGGUUGAAA